GCGCGUCGUGGAAGCUUCUAACAGCGUCUUUUUGGUCCCGGUCGUAAUUUCCGUCGCGAUUCCCGUCCCAAACGGGUAAAAUUUCACUCCGAUGACCUCAUCGCAGGAUGCCUGUUAUAUCUCCCUACUGGGCUUGGCGGAGUACUUCCGCACAUCGUCGCCGCCGAACAUCAAAAAGUGCAUCCAGUGUCUUCAGGCAUUGUUUACAUUCAAGCCACCGCUCAAAGUGGAAGCUCGGACGCACUUGCAACUGGGACAGAUCCUGAUGGCCUACACGAAAAACACUGAUCUAGCGAGGAAUCAUCUGGAGCAGGCGUGGAUGCUUUCGGAGAAUAUCAACAACUUUGACGACGUGAAGUUCGACACGGCCAGCUUGCUGGCGCAACUGUAUCAACAGCAGGAGCAAAGUUCCCUGGCGAAGCCGGUCUUGCGGAAGGCGAUAGAACUGUCGCAGCAUAAUGUCUACUGGCAUUGUAAGCUGUUGUUUCAGCUGGCGCAAACGCAUGCCACGGACAAGGAGUACGCCCUCGCUUCGGAAUUGCUGGCCGUCGGAGUGGAAUCAACGGAUGAAUCUAAUGCUACCUAUUUGAAAACGUUAUUUCUGCUUAGCCGGGCUAUGAUCAUGAUGAUCGAACGGAAGAGCAGUGAUGUUCUGACUAUAUUGAACCAAGCUGGCGCUAUAAUCGACAAUGCUGUUCAGAAUAUUCACCUGAAAGAGUAUUUGAAGGUGUUUUUCUACGUCCUUCAGGUGUGUCAUUAUUUGCAGCUUGGACAGGUGAAAACGGUCAAAACUAGUCUCAAGCAGCUGCAGCAAAGUAUCCAGACAAUUAUGGCACCAAACUGGCCAUCGGAUGAGCAGAUUUUCGGUCAAAACAAUACGGAAAUGUUUAUGUGGUUGCCAAAGGAGCAACUGUACGUGUUGGUCUAUCUGGUAACGGUAUCGCACUCCAUGAUGGCCGGUUAUAUGGACAAGGCUCAGAAGUAUACCGAGAAAGCGUUGACCCAGAUUGAGAAGCUAAAAUCUCAAGAGAACAAGCCAAUCUUGGCAGUGUUCCAGAUCAUCCUGCUGGAGCAUAUCAUCAUGUGUCGGUUGGUGAUGGGCAACAAAUCGCUGGCGAUCAAGGAAAUCGCCCUGGCCAAGGAUGUGUGCCUGUCGUCGUCCAAUAAAUUCCUGCUGAAAAAACAUUCCGCUCAACUGCACUGCUUACUGGGCCUGUAUGCCAUGUCCGCUAGCUACUUCGAACAUGCCGAGAGACAGUUUUUCACCUGCAUCCAAGAAACGACCGAACGGGAUCUGAAGUUGUUUGCAAAUCUCAAUCUGGCAAUCGUUUACCUGCGGAUGAAGCGAGAGCAAGAUCUUAGACAAAUUUUAGACCAGGUUCAGCAGGAAAAUUCCCUGUGCUCCAACAGUCAGGCGCUGAUGGGUAGCUUCUACUACGUCCAAGGAUUGAAUGCAUUUCACAAGAGCAGCUUUCACGAAGCCAAACGUUUCCUGCGAGAAACCCUGAAGAUGGCCAAUGCUGAAGACCUCAACCGGUUGACGUCCUGCUCGCUAGUGCUGCUCAGUCACGUUUUCCUCAGUAUCGGAAAUUCGAAAGAAAGCAUGAACAUGGUAACACCAGCCAUGCAGCUCGCGUCCAAAAUCCCUGACAUCCACGUGCAGCUGUGGGGAAGUGCCAUACUAAAAGACCUCCACCGGAUGCUCAAGGAACCGGCGCUAGAAACCGAAGCGUACAACAAUCACUGCAACUUUUCGCAGAAUCUGAUUGCCGAUCAGUUGAAAUGCACAAAGUUUCCGGAGCAUACGCUGAUCAGUUGGAUCCAGGGCGAUCCACCGUUACCGAUCAUGUGUCAGGAAAUACCGGAAGCGCCGCCAGCUGCUGCAACACAGCAACAGCAACAGCAGCAAACGGCAACCGUCGUGCGGCUUCCCGGACAACCUGGGCAACAGGUUAUCUAUCAGUAAAGCGUUUGGGUGAGAAAAAAAAAAUGAUUCGGAGCGAAGAUGUGAUUGUGCUUGAGUGCUAAAGUAUUUGGAAAGAUUGUUUGUUUUUUUUUUUGCAGUGGAGUUUUACAAUAAUGUCCUCUUACUUACAAAAUACGAUAUUAAAGUUUUCAGUGGAA